UAAGAGGAGAACAGAAAAGGCUCCCAGUUAAUUUUUUUCAUAAACUGACUUUGCAAAAAAGCUGAGGAGAAGCAAAGAUGUUGCGUGUCGUUAUCCUUUCUGCUCACAUACCGCCUGAAAAUGCUGAUCACCCGGACACGUAUGUGACCGGCUCCUUCAGAGAGGUAGUAAGGGACACGAGGGUGAUUCAGAAGGAGCAGGCCCCUGUUUGGAAUGAGACCCUCCUCUGGUACCUGGAUGAUGAACUUCUGGAUAGUGAAUCUUUUGCCACGGUCCAGCUCCGUGAAUGGAACAUUAAAACGAAAGCCAGACAUUUUGGCUCAGCCAACAUAUCUCUGGCAGGAACUGUUGAAAAACCCAAUGCUAUGAUCACCGUGAGGAGCCAGGCUCUGCGGGAUGAAGAUUUGAAGCCCACCGGUUGCACCAUCACAGUGAGGAUCUCCUUCUCGCCUCCUGAACCUCAAAUUAUUCCUGGAAGAAAACAUGAUUUGAGGAAAUUCAUUUGCUGCCCCGUCUUUGCCAAGGAUUCGACCCUGGACAAUCUGGCUGCUUCCCCACAGCAGACCGGGGUGGCUGAGGUGCCCACCCUGACGCCCAAGAAAGUGCUUGUAAACAAGAAGCAACUCUUCCAGGUCAGAGUUGCUAUCCUUGAGUGCCGGCAGCUGCAAGAAAACAACAUCAAGCCCGUGGUCAAGGUCUGCAUCGGGGAUCACGUGUUCAGGACGCGAAUCAAACUGGGGAACAACCCUUACUAUAAUGAGGUAUUUGUCCAGAACUUCAACGAGACACCUCUUAGACUUUUUGAUCAGUACAUUACCAUACAAGUCCUGAAUUCCAAGGCAAUAAGAGCUGAUUCCCUCAUUGGCGUCUUCAAGAUUGAGAUUGGGCUUGUCUAUGAAUCCCCAGGUCACGCGCUGCUUUCCAAAUGGCUAAGCCUCUAUCAUCCAGCAAAUCUCAAUGCUGGACUAAGGGGUUACGUGAAAGUCAACCUCGUUGUCUUAGGAGCUGGAGACCAUGCACCGGAUACUGACCAGCUCGUAGAGGCUAGUGAUUCCGCAACCAGCAUCCUACAGUUAGCAGCAAUGCCUGCAGCCCGCAUGGCUACGCUCCAGCUCUAUAUAUACCAAGCCCAGGACGUGCCUCAAAUGCAGCAAGAAGGCGUGGAUUAUUUCAGAAGGGAGGAUCCCACCGGCACCUCGGUUGACCCUUCUCUGGAAGCUAAUUUUGCCGGGAAAACGCUCAAGACCAAUAUUGUGCUUGGAGAUGCCAACCCAAUGUGGAACCAGCUGAUGUCCUUUCCCAUGCAGAUGCCUUCCAUGUGUGAUCUCAUCAAACUUGUCAUCCUUGAUGGGGAGCAACAUGGAGACGGAAAUAUUCUGGGGACCACAUUUAUCAGUCUCUCUCAGAUCUCUUCCACAGGGGCUGAAAUAGACAAUAAAAGGGAUUUCUCCGGCUUCUUGCCAUGCUUCGGGCCGAGCUUCCUGACCUUCUAUGGGAGCCCAAAGGAGUUUAUGGGUGACGAUGCUCUCCCCUCAAAAUUCAGCACUGCAGUAGAGGAAGGGGUCGCUUACCGGGGAAGAGUCCUCGUGGAGCUGAGCACCAACAUGGAGUCAAUCCCCGUCCAGAUCAUAGAAGACAUACCUGAAGAUGUUGUGAGAAGGGUGGAGCGCUUCCUGCCCCAACGCCGGUAUGGCCUAUGUGUGGUCUUUUACUCAGCGACCAUGUUGGGUGACAUCAAGGAAGAGAUCCAGUUCGAAGUCAGCAUCGGGAAUUAUGGCAACAAAUUUGAUGGCACUUGCAAGCCUUUUCCCUCCACCACUCAAUACAGCCACGCUGUGUAUGACGGGAACUAUUACUACUACCUGCCAUGGUACGACACCAAACCCAUGGUGGCCAUCACUUCCUUCUGGGAGGACGUUGGCCACCGGAUCGAAUGUGUGAACACCAUAGAGUUCAUACACACGAGGCUGAGGAGGAAUCUGGAGACUCUUAAAGCCAUCCGUGAUGCCCGCAACCCGCUUGUGGAGGUGGCUUGGAAGAAACUUCAGAAGGACCUGGUGGAGGACUGCAAGAAGCCCCUUCCGGGUUCAGAAAGCCGGACCCCGGCCACUCUUCUAGAUCAGCAAAUGAGGAAACUUCGCCUCCGGCUCCUCCAGCAGAUCGGCAAGGCCACGGAGAAGACCAGCUGGAAAAUGCCCCUUCCGAAACUCAUUGCCAAAGCAGAGACCUGGCUGAGCAGGCUCGCCACGGUCACCACCGAGACCCAGAUCGGCAUACCGGACGUGAUGAUCUGGAUGCUGUGUGGGGAGCGCCGGGUGGCCCACGCCCGGGUGAAGCCGCAGACCAUCAUGUUCUCCAGAGCUGGUCUCCAUGCCAGAGGCGGGCUGUGUGGCAAAACCCACACCAUCUUCCUGAAGGGCGCACAAGCCAAAGGGGUUGACAGCCUUAUCCCUGCGGUGCUCCGGGUGCGAAUGUGGUUCGGGCGGAUGGCGGACAGCGCAGAGUUCAUGAAAUGCUGCGAAGGGAAAAUUUUCGUUUACGCCGAGACGUACGAGAACCAAAAGAAGACGCACGGCAUCUGGGGGACAAGGGACCUCACGCCAUAUCCCAGCUUUUCAGAUGUCACUGGGCGGGUCAGCCUUCCAAAAGACAAGUUCCAGUUGCCUGCAGGUUGGAAGUGGGACGGCGAGUGGGCCCCGGAGCCCCAGAGAAGGCUUUUGCUGGACAAAGAGAUGAACCACACAGAGGUGCUGGAGGAAGUGUAUGAGAACCAGACUCGGCAACCGGGACGUCGAUGGAGGCCAGCCCCGGUCCCCUUCAGCAACGCAAGUGGUGCUCCUACCCCACCAAAGGAAGAGAUUGUGUGUCCCCAGGGCUGGAUCUUUGUGGAAGACUGGAAAGUGGAAGUGAACCGGGCUGUGGACGAUGGAGGCUGGGAAUACGGCGUUGCUCUCCCGCCUGCUGAAUUCCCUCACUCCUGGAACGCAUCCGAGAAGACCUACCACACGCACCGGCGUCGGCGCUGGCUGAGGAAGCGUGCCCGGAAUCUGGUCAAGGAGAACCAGGAACAGCAAAUGACGUCCUUCCUCCAGCUGCACUCCAUUGUAAAGGGGAGAGACGAGGCGUGGGAAUAUGCUCCCAGCACCGGCUGGAGGUUUCACCUGCAACGAAAUCCCAGCGACGUUUUCCGCCGACGAUGCUGGCGCCGGAAGCUGGAGCCCGAAUCCCCCGGCCCUGCAGCUCCCAUCUUCCUCUUGGAGGGAUCACUGGGUGUGGAUGUAGAGGGCCAAGAGAAAAUAAGAACAACGGCGGUAGAGAAGACGGAAGAAAAGAAAGAGGAGAAAAAAGUUGAGAGGCGUCCUUCCCAAAGCCUCUUGAAGAUGAACACGCCCCUCCUCUUUUGCAUCUUCAAAAGUCCAGUUUACUUCCAGUUGCGCUGCUAUCUUUACCAGGCGAGGGAUCUUGUUGGAACGUCUGCUCAGGGUGCUGCAGAUCCGGUGGCCCACGUCUCCUUCCUCCACAUGAGUCAAUGCACCCGCUGCAUCGCCGGCACCUUGAGCCCUGUCUGGGACCAGACGCUCGUCUUCGAGAAUGUCAUGAUCUACGGAGACCCACGGGCAACCGAGGAAGAUCCGCCCGUUGUGGGAGUGGAGAUUGUUGACUACAACCCAAGUGGCCGCUCGGACUAUUUCAUGGGGAUGAGCUUAUGCAUCCCGACGGUGUAUCUGAAUCUCGAUUCCCGACAAAUGCCCCGCCUCCGCCGGCAUCCAAUCACCAGAGAGCAGAAAGAGGCAGGUCAGCUCCUAGCUGCUUUUGAGCUUCUGAUGGACAAGAAGGACGGAUCCAUGGGAAAACAUCCACCUCCUGCCUGGAAGGAUGGGAUCUACACGAUUCCUAAAGGAAUCCGGCCCAUCUUGAGGCUUAUGGCCAUUGAGAUCUUAGCCUGGGGUUUACGGGACAUGAAAAACUAUAACCUGCUGGUGAUCAAUAACCCGAGUCUCAUUAUAGAAUGUGGCGGGGAAUCCAUUCACACACCAACCAUCAAGAACCUACAUGAGAAUCCCAAUUUUCCAAUUAACAUCUUUCUGAUGAAAGUGGUAAGCAACCCGGUCGUCGACGAAGACUAUGCGCCUCCCAUUGAGCUGAAAGUGAUUGACCACCGAGAGUUUGGCUACAAGCCUGUGGUGGGCCACGCGACCGUGAGGUCCCUGAAGCAGUACUACUGUGACCCAUGGGAAGGCAAGAAGGCCCAUGACCUCCUUCCUAAAGCCACUUCCAAGGUGAAGAGGAAAAGGGAACUGAACAAAUAUCUCUACAAGCCAUGGUCAUGGAAGAAGCUGAAAGAACAAAAACAAAAAAAACUAUCAUGCGUGGUAUGUACAGUAUCGUGGCCUUCUCUCGCUUUGCAGGAGGUGGAGGAGGACGAGGAGGAGGAAGUGGACUGGUGGAGCAAAUACUACGUGACGAUGGGUGACCUGGCAAAGAGUGGGAAUUAUCUGGAGAAGGGCUUUGACAGCGUGAAGAUUUAUAACUGUGAGCUAGAGGAAGUGCCUGAAUUCCAAGGCUUUCAAGAUUUCUGCCAGACCUUUCGGUUGUACCGAGGACAUGUGAAAGACGACGACCCUGUGGUAGGGGGUGAAUUUAAGGGGCUUUUCCGAAUCUAUCCAAUACCAGAAGACCCCAGCAUCCCACCCCCUCCGCGCCAGUUCCAGGAACUUCCGGAUAAUGUCUGUGAGGCAUGCUUGGUCCGAGUCUACAUUAUCCGAGCUUUUAAUCUACAGCCGAAGGACAGAAAUGGCUUGUGCGACCCUUAUAUUUGGAUCAAGAUAGGGAAGCAAAAAGUCGGAGACAGAGAAGAUUACAUUCCCAACACCCUGGAGCCCAUCUUUGGGAGGAUGUACGAACUCUUGUGCUACCUCCCAGUGGAAAAGGACCUGAAGAUCUCAUUCUACGACUUUGACAUUUUCCCUCCCGAUGAUAACAUCGGCGACACCACCAUCGACCUGGAAAACCGGCUCCUCUCUCGUUACGGAGCAAACUGUGGCCUCCCACAGACCUACUGUGUAAGCGGGCCCAGUCAGUGGCGGGACCAACUUCUCCCUAGCGAACUCCUGGAAAAUUAUGCCCGGACGAAAAACCUGCCUCGGCCGGAGAUCGAGGAAGACGGGAGCCGUGCCUUUUUCAUGGGCAGGACCUACCAGCUGUCCACCUUCGAGACCAAAGAGCCAUCCCACGGCUACCUGGGCCCAGCGAAGGAGCGCCUGGCUCUCCACCUCCUCCGCACCUGCGGGCAGGUGCCCGAACACAUCGAGACCCGCACCCUGAAGAACCCCGCCUGUCCUGGGAUUGACCAGGGUAAAGUGCAGAUGUGGGUCGACAUCUUCCCAGAACACUUGGGUGAACCGGGACCUCCUUUCGACAUCACGCCGAGGAAGCCCAAGAGCUACGAACUCCGCUGCAUCAUUUGGAACACCAAAGAUGUGGAUCUGGAGGACACCAACAUUUUCGGAGACCGGAUGAGUGACAUCUACGUGAAAGGGUGGUUGGAUGGUCUGGAAGAAGACAAGCAGAAGACCGACAUCCACUACAGGUCUCUAACAGGAGAAGGCAAUUUUAACUGGCGCUUUGUGUUCACCAUGGACUACCUGCCCAUGGAGCAGGUCUGCAUCCUCACCAAGAAGCAACACUUCUGGAGCCUGGAUGAGACGAUGCAGAAAGUGCCUCCCAAACUUAUUAUCCAGAUCUGGGAUAAUGACAAAUUAUCGGCGGAUGAUUUUCUAGGCAUUCUGGAGUUGAACCUGACUUCCAUCCCCCGGCCGGCCAAACGGCCUCGCGACUGCACGGUGAAGAUGCUCCUGGAGGACAGCAAGGCCACUCCCGCUUCCUCUUUCUUUGGUCACCACAAACCGAAGCGCGUCUCCUUGUUCGCCCAAAAAAACCUGAGGGGCUGGUGGCCCUGCAUCGUCUUCGAGAAGGACAAGCCACGGGUGUCGGGCAAGGUUGAAAUGACACUUGAGCUGCUGAGCGAGGCAGAGGCUGAAGAGCGUCCUGCUGGGAAAGGAAGAGAGGAGCCCAACAUGAACCCAUUCCUGAAGCCCCCUGAGAGGCCGGAGACCUCUUUCCUGUGGUUCACAGCCCCCCUGAAGAGCCUCCACUUCAUCAUAUGGCAAAAGAGCAAGUGGAAACUCCUGAUUUUCCUGUGUUGCGUCUGCGUGCUCCUCUUGCUGGCGGCGUUCAUCUAUGCCGCUCCCGGCUACCUGGCCAUGAAGUUGAUCAACCCAAUGAAAGACCUAAAUUUUCAGUUGCCUUGGGGGAAGCAUGAGAAGGCGACCCCUGAACCGCUAGCACCGGAGGCCGCUCCAACCGUGCCGACUCCCGAACUGCCACCACCAUCUCCCAAGAAGUUGGCACCAGCUCAUACGAGACCACCUGCUCACAAGAAAAAAACAGCAGCGCCCAAGAAAGCAAUACCAUUGCCCAAGAAAGCAAUACCAUCGCCCAAGAAAGCAAUACCAUCGCCCAAGAAAGCAAUACCAGCACCCAAGAAAACAAUACCAGCGCCCAAGAAAACAAUACCAGCGCCCAAGAAAAUAAAACCAGUGCCCAAGAAAACUGCAGCAGCACCCAAGAAAACAAUACCAGCACCCAAGAAAGCAAUACCAGCGCCCAAGAAAACAAUACCAGCGCCCAAGAAAACAAUACCAGCGCCCAAGAAAACAAAACCAUCACCCAAGAAAGCAAUACCAGUGCCCAAGAAAACAAUACCAUCACCCAAGAAAGCAAUACCAGUGCCCAAGAAAACAAUACCAUCACCCAAGAAAGCAAUACCAGUGCCCAAGAAAACAAUACCAGCACCCAAGAAAACAAUACCAGUGCCCAAGAAAAUACCAGUGCCCAAGAAAAUACCAGCGCCCAAGAAAACAAAACCAGUGCCCAAGAAAACAAAACCAGUGCCCAAGAAAGCAAUACCAGCGCCCAAGAAAACAAUACCAGCGCCCAAGAAAACAAUACCAGCGCCCAAGAAAACAAUACCAGCGCCCAAGAAAACACAACCAUCACCCAAGAAAGCAAUACCAGCGCCCAAGAAAAUAAAACCAGUGCCCAAGAAAACUGCAGCAGCACCCAAGAAAACAAUACCAGCACCCAAGAAAGCAAUACCAGUGCCCAAGAAAACAAUACCAUCACCCAAGAAAGCAAUACCAGUGCCCAAGAAAACUGCAGCAGUGCCUAAAACAAUACUAGCACCCAAGAAAAAAACAGCAGCGCCCAAGAAAACAAUACCAGCACCCAAGAAAGCAAUACCAGUACCCAAGAAAACUGCAGCAGUGCCUAAGAAAACAAUACCAGUGCCCAAGAAAACUACAGUACCACGUAAGAAAAACCCAGCAGCGCCCUAGAAAUAGCACAUCUGCUCCCUAGCAAAGGCAGAAGUCCAGCACUUUCCAGAACCCUGCUGUCUCAUGCCAUCCGUGAUGUCCUGCAGCCAAAGAAACCGCUCCUCUUUCCGCGAGCGAGGGUGGUCUCGCUUAGAGAGACUGCAGGAAGGGAGCCCAGCUACUUCCAAAUUACUUUCCCCUUCCAUUGAAGCCCCCUUGCUUCCCUCACCUUCCUCUCUUAGUAGGGAAAGACACUGGAUUUCAACCCCAGGUUAGCAGGGGCUGAGCUGGGAUGGAGGGGAAAACAGCCACAGGGCAAUGAGGUUGAAGCCCUGGAAUGAAUAUGCAUCCAUGUUCUUUUGACUAAAAUAAAAUGCAAAGCCAAAGAAACCUAAGCCUAGUUUGCUCAAGAAGCACGGCGGCAAAUAUUUAUAGGCAAACUGCUGAUUUCAUCUAUCUAUCUAUCUAUCUAUCUAUCUAUCUAUCUAUCUAUC